AUGUUGUUGUUUGUGUCGCAGGAGCCGCAGGCCAGGCCGGGGCCGCCGCCCGGGGCCGCCGCCGCGGGGCUGGGGCCGGCGCCAGGCAUGUCGGUGUGCGGGGAGGCGGUGGGCGCCGGCUCCCUGCCCAGCGAGCUGGUGGUCCACAUAUUCUCCUUCCUGACGGCCCCCGACCGGCUGCGGGCCUCGGCCGCCUGCUCGCACUGGCGGGAGUGCCUCUUCUACCCGGCGCUCUGGCCGCGCCUCCGCCUCAGUCUCCGCGUCUCGCCCGCCGAGCGCCCGCGCCUCGAGUUCCUCAUGCGCAAGUGCGGCUGGUUCGUCCGUGAGCUCCGCGUACAGUUCGCCGCCGACAACUACCCCACGGGCGGCGGCGGAGGGGGGGCGGCGGCGGGCGAGGGCGCCGCGGUGGCGGGGGACGGGGAGGCGCCGCCGCCGCCGCUGAGCCCGCGCUGGCUCGACCUGCUGAGGACUUAUCUGGAGCUGGUGCUGUGCGUCCUGAGCAGCGUCCGAAACAACAGGAACCUCCAGAAGUUAAGUCUUUUUGGGGAUAUAAGCAUUCUGCAGCAACAUGGAAGCAUAUCAAAUACAUACCUUGGAAAGGUUGACCCAGAUGGCAAGAAGAUUAAGCAAAUCCAACAGCUGUUUGAAGAGAUAUUAGGCAAUAGCAGGCAAUUGAAAUGGCUGUCUUGUGGGUUAAUGCUGCAAAUAGUAACUCCCACAUCACUGUCCUCCUUAUCAAACCCCAUAGCCAACACCAUGGAACAUCUGAGCUUAUUGGACAACCACAUCCCUGGUAAUACCACUCUUAUCACUGCGGUUGAAUUGGAGCGCUUUGUGAACCUGCGUUCGCUCGCUUUGGAUUUCUGUGAUUUUACAGCUGAAAUGGCAAGAGUCCUGGCUGACAGCAACCAUGUGCCUUUGCAUCGACUGUCUCUCCUGGUCCACAGUGUUUCCAUAAUGCACAAGUCAUUGGACAAUAUGCCAAAAGAUGAGAAUUGGCAGGCGCUGACUCGCAACAGCACUAAUCUUCGGGUCUAUAUAAUGGCUUUUGAUGUCAAGAGUGAUGAUAUGUUAAGGAUUCUUAAGCCCAGUAUCCCCCUAGAGAGGAUUCACUUUGACAGCUAUGUCACUUGUGUUUCAGGGGCUGUUGUUGACCUCAUAUCCAGGCAGUAUGACAAGUUCCUCACUCAUUUUAUACUAAUGAAUGAUGUGGUAGAUAUGUCUGCCUUCCCAGAUCUUAGUGACAACCGGAAUGAAGAUCCACUUGUCUUAUUAGCCUGGAGGUGCACAAGACUGUCUCUCCUAGCUGUUCAUGGUUACACUGUUUGGGCUCAUAAUCUUAUAGCAAUUGCUCGUCUUCGUGGCUCUGACCUGAAAGUACUGGAAGUCACAGAAGAAAGCAUCGAUUUCGACCAAGGAGAACUGGCUGAUCAGGAUGUGGAUCCAGUACACAAUUUCAUUGAGCAAGUAUCUCUCGGAUUGGGUCGGCCUUGGCAUGCUGUCAUGGACAUUGAGCUGCUCAGUGUCUUCACUGAGCCAACCCGUCACUUUUACAGAGAGAUGCAGAGCUUCAGUGAAGGCAUUUAGCUCCUUAUUUACAAUUCCUGUGGUUACAUAUGCAAGUAGGGUCCUAUUAUGUUUUUUCGGUAGUGUGAAUUAACCCCUUUUGUGCUGUGUUUAAUCAGUAUUAGCUAUAUAGAAUUAUAUAUGUGUAUUCUACUUCUUGAUCAAAGAACGUAGUCGGGUAUUGGUUUAGAAGCUGAAAGUGGCAGUGUUUAGGGUUUUCACGGUUAAUGGACUUGUCUACCAAACCUUAAGAGAUACAGCCAAAGGCUGUCUGAGGUUGCCGGCUAACUUUACUUUACUUGAGUAACUGCAUUUUGAAUUAUUUUGCUAUUGGAGUCCUGUGCUUGGGAGCCAACUGUUUUUAAUACCCAUAUUCAUAGUCAAGUGGAUUUCUAUGCUGUCAUUGUGUGCUUAAUCCAGUAGCAUGCUGCUUAAUAGGCUUAAAGGACGAGAAGUCUCUCCAGGGCUGUUCACUCUAAGACUCUUACCUUGCUUUAUUUCACGUGCGGAUUCUGAAGCAUGACUUAACUCCAUUCUCAGCUUUCCUUAGCUGUUAAGCGGCGGUGUGAAACACUAGUGUUCAGGUACCUGCACUUACAGAUUCACUCCAUAAGCUGUAGUCUUUUGGAUUCUUUGCAAACUCCUCCUUAUUUCUUCUCAUGUUCUGUCAUCUUCCUUAAAAGUUAGCUUUGGGCCAAAGUUUAAAAGGAAAAAGCAAGAAUGUGCACUCCGAUGAGGUAAACACAUAACAGUGAAGACUUCAAUACAAAGGUCUACACCCGCAAACAAACAUUAGUCGUGAAAUCCCUAACAACCAAGUCACUGGAUUUUCUCUGUCAGCGCCUGUGUCAGCUGCCAAAGAAUAGAAUAAAAACGAAGAAGUGCCCACAUGCUGGCAGGGGCAGGCCAACUUUUGGCCAGCCAGAUACUGCUAGAUUGUAAUAUAUAAGGUCGAAUUUCGACCUGUGGUACACAGCUGUGCUGUGGCUCAGUCAGCAACCUCAGAACUCUUAACAAACAUGCACCUGUUUCACUGUGAAUAGUGAAUGUAAAGGAAGGAAAGGAAAUAAAUACAAAGCUUGUUCUAUCACAGGUAUGAGCUGCUAUGAUGCAUGAAGAACAUUCCAUGAAGUAUGUUUUAAAAUCUUGUUAUAUCUGAGAGGCUUUAGAAGCCGAUUUAACUGUUUCAGGGCAACCGCGGUACAGACGUGGUCUCUGUGAGACUUCCACCUGACCCCAGUUUUAAGUGGUACGAAUGUUGUGCAUUUAAUGUUUAAAGGACAGUCUGCAAUAAUAAAGUAAGUGGCCAACGUGGGUGCCCAGCAGUGCUGAGACCUGGCUGCUAUAUUGUAAGCUUUGGAAAACACAAUUUAUGCAACAGAUGUCCAGAUAUGAUUCUAUUUAUGGAAAAAGUUUAUAUGUGUUUUACAAAUGGUUUUACCAUCUUAUAUUAAAAUGACCUUUUGACAGGUGUGCGCUGUUUUGUCUCCAGUGAGCACAUACCAUGCGGAUUUUAUAUGUACAUCAGUAGAGUGAAUCCACUGGCACAGUGUGUGUAUAUGCCAGAUGUGGUGAGAUUUUAUCUUACAAAUGUGAUCAGAUUAAAAAAAACUCCUGACAGAAAAUGUAAGGAAACCAGCUGAAUGUUUGAAUUGAUGACUGAUGUUGUAUGGUUUAUGUUAAAUGUUAUAUUCUUUUAAUCAAUGAAUAAAGCAUUAAAAAUUGAUCGCUGUAUAAAAUAUUUUAUUGUUGUCAGCAUGAAGAUUUUUAGAAUUAAAACGCAACAUCAUUCAUAAGCUGUGUGUAACUGGUAGCUCCCGUUGUGUUCAGGUCAGCAGAAGAAUCUAAAAUAAGUCAUACAGUAAUUUUUUUUUUUUAAAUUUGGCUGAAUUUUGUCAACAAUUUUUGGGGUGAUGGAGGAAGGGGAAGGAUGCUUUGCUAAAGAUCAGACCAGUUAGCACAAACAGUAUAUCAUUAUAUGACCUAUUAGACUGAUACAAUAAACUGUGGAUUGUAGAAUAUAGAAGAUUAUUUUUGGGAAAUUACUGCAUCCAUUGCAAUUGCUUAAAUCAAAACCUAAUGUGCUCAAGAAAAAUGUGUAGUACUUCUUUGGUGUCCCACUAUUAAAUAGAUUAUGAAUACCUGCAA